UGUCGCCGCAGGCACUUUAAAGCCGCGGCGCCGGCGGGCGCGGCGUGGCGGCGGCAUGGCCGAGGUGAAGGUGGCCGUGCUGGGCGGGAGCGGGGCCGGCAAGUCGGCGCUGACCGUGCGGUUCCUGACCCGGCGGUUCAUCGGGGAAUACGCGUCCAACGCCGAAUGCAUCUACACUAAACACUUGUGCCUGGAUGGGAGGCAGAUACACCUGGAAAUUUAUGACCCUUGUUCACAGCCACAGCAGGGGAAACUCUCCCUCACAGACGAGCUCCACUGGGCUGAUGGAUUUAUCAUUGUUUAUGACAUCAGUGACAGAGCAUCGUUUGCAUUUGCAAAAGCAUUGCUGUACAGGAUCCGAGAGUCUCACAUAGGAGUUUGUAAAAAAAUGGUCGAGUCGUCUGUAUUUUUGGUUGGUAAUAAACAGGAUUUAUGCCACAUGAGGGAAGUUGGCUGGGAUGAAGGACAGAAGCUGGCAAUGGAUAACAAGUGCCAAUUCUGUGAACUGUCCGCAGCAGAACAUUGUCAGGAAGUUGUGGCAAUGUUCACGAAAGUCCUGAGGAAUAUCACUUCAAAUUUCAAAGUGAAGGAAAAGAGACGACCAAGUGGAUCAAAGUCAAUGGCCAAGUUAAUCAACAAUAUGUUUGGAAAGAGAAGGAAAUCUGUGUAAAAGAUGGUUAGUCUUGAAGUAGGAACAAGCUGAAAUAAUGGAGCAGAGGCAGCUCUUGGGAUUCAGUGAAUUUCCUCCAAAGGUUGGUAUCUGGAGGAGUAAGACAGUAGAGGCCAAAGGUGGGAGAUAGUAUGGUCAAGUGAAUGGUCUAGACCUAGAAGACUGACCUUCUAUUUCAAGUCCUACUCCAGAUUUACAUGUGUUUAGGGCUGUGCCACUUAAACCAUAAGCUGCUCCAGAGGAGAGUUUGAUUCUGUAUUUAUUCAACACCAACAUGGUCUUGGGUAGAGCUUCUAGGUGCAACUGAAGUACAAACAGUUAUUCCACAGAAUCACUUAUUUGGGAAACAUCGUUGAGUCCAAACAUUAACCUGACACUGCCAAAUCCACCACUGAACCAUGUCCUUAAGUGUUCCAUAAUUUCCGAUAAACUCAGCCUUGCUGACCAAAAUCUUACUUCAGAAUUCUGAGAAGCAGUUGAAUUUUUUGUGCAAGAGCAUUCGCACUGAAGAAAAGCAAAAUGCUGUAGCUGCAUAUGAUAAUGUGUUUGUAUUUCACUGAAGGAAGGACGGCUUAGAGCCUUGUGUGCCUAACACCUACUGAAAGUCUUAUGAAUUAAAUGCUUGGUCACCAUCUACAAAAGUUAUUUACCUGCAAAGCUGCCUUGCAGAGGCACCAAAAGUAGGAAAGCAGAUAUAUAAAGCAGUAUUGUCUCCUGUUUCAGUAUCUUUUUUUUUUUUUAUGAGUGAUGAAAGAAUGUAGAGAAGGUUGGAAAGUGUGGGAACUGAAAUGUUAGUGAAAUGUUAGUCAGUGAACAUUGGACUGUUUUGGCAAGGUGGUUAUUUAAUGAAAUAAUUUUACAGCCAGGGACAGCAUAAGGCCAGGGCUGAUCCCUUUCACAGCACAGUUUUUGUGAGCUUUAACAAAAUUUCAGUACCUGUAAGGUGGAUGUGGCUAUUCAGUUUUAGAUGGGAGCAGAAGCUUGGAAAGCACGUGGACUGGUAAAGAGCACGAGUUCUUUAGGAUGUCUGCCUGGAUUUAAAGGUCAGCCUGCUGGUAAGACCUGUGCUCACAUAGAGUGUUUUUCCUAAGGACUGAUGUCUUUACAACUAGUCAUCACUGUGGUAUUGAAAUGCCACUAAGCACUAUGUUAGCUACACUUUUCAGAUGUGGAUAUUAAACAUCAGAUGGGUCCAAAUGUGUUGUCAGUUGACAUUCAGAGCUCUUACUGUAGACAACUAAAUAAGGGCUUAGCCCAGCGUGUUUGAAAGUGCUGUGCUCAUGCAGAAAUUAUGAAGAGAAGUGAUCUGAAGGUGAAUUACUGCCUUCUGCCCAUUCCAGGGGACAGCUAGGAUUCAGUCUUUGAAAGUUGCUAAGUUGAAGCCUACCUCUGCUCUGAAAUUUUACCUGCAUUAAAACGAGUAAGAUUACUCUGAUUUUUGAGUGUUCACCCCCAUAAAAUGGCAUAAGAAAGGUAUAUAAUCUUAACAUUACUGUUGUAAAAUAAUACUGAAGUUUGUUUUAAUAAGUUUUGACAAAAGAUCAUGUCCUUUUUUUAAGGAAAAGAUACUGUUUAUUUCACUUGUUAUAAGACUACAAAUACAAAUAUUGGAAUAUUUGUGCCUGCCAAUUCUCAGUUGGCAGGCACAGGGUUGCUUUAUUUUUAUACAGAUGCUGCUCUGAAGUAUCAGGAGCAGUGUAUUUAACUGUAUUGUCCAUAUCUAUGAAACUGAACUUGAAGACUACUCAUGUACACCCUUCAGCUUUCCAGCACACACGGGAUUCCAGAAUGACUAAUAGACUGUUGUAGCUGUACCUCACCAGUUCUGGCAUUGCCAGAUUUGAGAACUCUUAUUUGUAUUUACUGCUCCGGUACUAAAUAAACUGGAUAUAAGAUGGA